AUGUACGAACCCCUCUGGAUUUUGGCUCAAUAUCAUCAAGCAUACGUCACAGGUGGAACCAGCCGCCAAGUGGACAUCGAGAACCCCUCAAACUUGGGCCAGCAGAGCACUGGUUCCGACACUGUGCCGAACCUCAAGUGGCGCUUCUCCGACUCUAAAACUCAAAUCUAUCCUGGCGGCUGGGUUCGCGAGCAGGUCGACAACGACUUGCCGCAAAGCCAUGACAUCGCAGCAUCACAGCAGCACCUAAGAAGGGUGCCAUUUGCAGGAUGGGGACAAGUGCUGUUCGGUCGUGUGCUCGUAUCGGCGGUCGAAGAGAAUGGUCGUCAUCAGGUUACCGAGCUCGGUUUCGGAGACAUUUGGUACUUUCCAAAGGAUCAAGCACACACUGUGCAAGGUCUGGACGACGAGAACGAGUAUCUGCUGGCAUUCGACGACGGACACUUCGAUUCGAUCCUUGCGAAGAGCUUCGGUCUGCCUGAGUCAACCUUCGACAACUUGCCCAAGACGCACCCGUACAUUCAGAACAGUACGACCAGUGCCCCUGCAAGGCAGAGGAACACCACUGGAGGUGCCGGCGAGCUCGUUGCAGAUGCCUCGUAUGUAUACCGCACGUUCCAAUACACUCCUGAGCCUGCGCCUGGUGGUGCUGGUGUCUGGUGGAAGAUUGACACGACCAACUUCUCAAUCUCGAAGAUGAUCGCGUCGAUGUACGUUGUGCUUGAGCCGAAGGGUAUCAGGGAACUACAUUGGCAUCCUAUUUUCGAGGAAUGGCUGUACUUCCACGAAGGCAAAGGUCGUGCGACAGACUUUACUGGUAACAGUAACUCACGUACUUUCGACUUCGGGCAUGGCGACACUGCUGUGUUCUCAGAUAACUCUGGGCAUUACAUCGAGAACACUUCAAAGACUCAGACUCUCACCUGGGUCGAAAUCAACAAGGUCGACCGCGUCGAUGACGUGUCGUUGACUCAGUUGUUGGCUCUGGCACCAGCAGAUAUUGUUGCCGACCUCAAGCUGCCACUGAAUGUUGUCGAGGGCUCGAAGAAAGAGAAGCAGGUGCUGGUGCAUGGCAAAUAA